AUUGAUUAUCUUUUUUAUUUUCCCUAUCCCAUCCUUUACUCAUUAUCUCUUGUCCAAGGCUUAUUAUUAUUUAAUAAUUUAGUACUUUAUGUUUCUUUGUAAAGUGAAGAACUAGACCUACUUUGAAAGAACAUUUGAACAUGGAAGGCCCCACAAACUCAAACAAUACUACAAAAAAGAGCCAUGUGAAGAUGGAUAAAAUCCUUGCACUAUAUAAAAAUGUUAUUAAGAAAUGCUCAUUACCAGUAUCAGGGUUUAUUUUAAACAUUGCUGGACCUAAUUUAGCUAUAAAAUCAUCCUGGUCGCAGCGGAAUAUUGAAAGAAAGGUGGCUAUUCGCUCUGAAUUGACACAAUUUGUAAAUUAUGAAACAAAGAACAUCCAAACGUUAACAUCAACAGACAUUUCUUCUGAACUGUUGAUAUCAUAUUCACCAUCCGGUUCAUAUCGAGCUUUAUUUAGACAAAUACCAGCUUCAGUAAACACUCCAAAGAAACAACAUUUAGAAAUCUGGAAGGAAAACUUUCUCUGGAAAAUCUUUGAUUUGGCUAAUUAUAAUAUUCAUGGAGAUGUUGCUACUGAUAUGGAAUUUUCAAGUUUACAAUGGUCAACCUGUGAAACAAAACUAAUGUAUGUAGCUGAAAAAAGGCUUCCAAAAGUUGAACCAUUUCUUCCUCUGAAAUGUUCUGGCAAAAUUGAUGAAGAUACAAAAAAAGGGUGUGAAUAUGAUUUGGUCGAGGAUUGGGGUGAACAAAUGUCUGGUAAGUGCACUCCAUUGCCCUAUAUUUGUGAUUUGGAGCAAGAGUCAAUUAGUCUUGCUGCUGGUUGCCCAGAGGAUCAUAGCUUCGGGCAGGCUGUUUGGGCUCCAGAUGGUGGAGUUGUAGCAGUUGCUUGGUCUAAUGUACCUUGGCGAUUUGGAAAUAUGUUUUGUACCCACAGACUUUCUUGGAUUAUUCACAUUAAAACGGAUGGUAGUUACCGUAAACUAAGCAGAGACAAUCAAGCUGUAAGAUGCCCAAAAUUCUCUCCUGACAUGAAAUUUUUGAUUUGGUUAGAACGAGAAGUGGGAGGUCCACAUCAUACAUGUCAUAGAUUGGUCAGUUAUGACUGGAAAACAGAAAAGAGUACCAUCAUUGUAGAUAUUGUCAAAGAUUCUAUUACUAUUAGUGAUGGCCAACAGUUCUAUGGGUUCUACAGUAAAACUCUGCAACCAAGGUGUUGGCUGCCUGAUAAUGAGACCUUAAUUAUCAAUACAGUUCAGAGAGCAAGCAUCAAACCUUACCUAGUGAAUAUAGUGACCAAAACCAUCAGGGCAGUCAGUGAUGACUCGAAUGACAGUUUUAACUUCGGCUUUAUUGAUAUCUGCAAGGAUUUUGUGUUGUGCUACCGCAGCUCUUUGGGUACACCUCCUUCACUGUUAUUGGGUAAAAUUUCUAAUACAGAUGCUAUUAAUUGGAUAACAUUGUUGGAGCAAGAAUCCAUUGGUAAUUUUAAAACUGGCAUUCUCAGGCUGGAUGCAAAUUGUGAAGUAGAAAGCGCUAGCAAAUUUUCUGCAAUAUACAUGGUUCCUGACGAUGUCAUUAAUGCUCCUUUGGUCGUGUGGUCUCAUGGAGGACCACAUUCUGCUUUUACUAAUGGAUUUAUUAUUUUUGCCAAUUUUCUCGCAUCUCUUGGUUUUGGAAUGGUAUUGACAAACAUCCGAGGUACAGUUGGUGCUGGCCAAGCCUCAGUCAACUUCCUUCUAGGUAAAGUUGGCAAGACUGACGUCAGAGACACUCAACAGGCUGCAGAGGCUGUCCUCAAGAUGUUUCCAACCCAGCUUUCGCCUGACAAAUGUCUUCUGUUUGGUGGAUCCUAUGGGGGCUUUCUGUCACUUCAUAUGGCUGGACGGUAUCCAAGUUUUUACAAAAGUUGUGUGGCUCUAAAUCCUCCUUGUGACCUAGCAACAUUCCUUGAGUCCGACAUUCCUGACUGGCCAUUAGUUGAAGCAGGCUUUAGUUUUGAACCAACACUCCAACUUACAGCAAAGAUGUUUGAGGCACUGAUGUCUAAAUCACCUAUCAUUUAUGCACCAUCCAUGACUGUACCAGUUCUAUUCCUCCUUGGAAAAAAGGAUGUGCGGGCACCUAUUCACCAAAGUCUUUGUUAUUACCGACAGCUCAAAAUAAAAGGUGUAAAGACAAGGGCCUUGGUGUAUGAUGACAACCAUUCAAUAACACAAUUGCCCCACGAGGUUGAUUAUGAAAUCAAUUCUGUUCUUUGGUUUCUGGAGAAUAUUGAACAUGUAAUGGAGUAAUAAUUGAAAUUGUUUUUUGUAUAUUAUUGUAACUAAAGUAUUUUUAUUAAAUUGUAUCAUUACUUUUACAAAAAAAAAGUCUCUUUGUUU